AUGGCGAGCAGCAGCAGCAACAUCACCACCAAGACCAAAUUUAUAGCAGGCGGGAAAUACAAACUAGUGCGGAAGAUAGGGGCUGGCUCCUUUGGGGACAUUUAUCUGGCUAUUAAUAUCACCAAUGGGGAGGAAGUUGCGGUGAAGUUAGAAUCUCAGAAAGCCAAACACCCCCUGCUACUCUAUGAAAGUAAACUGUAUAAAAUUCUUCAAGGUGGCGUUGGUAUCCCCCACAUACGCUGGUAUGGCCAGGAAAAGGAAUAUAAUGUGCUAGUCAUGGAUCUUCUGGGACCCAACCUUGAAGAUCUUUUCAAUUUCUGUUCACGGCGAUUCACCAUGAAAACGGUACUUCUGUUAGCUGACCAAAUGAUUAGUAGAAUUGAGUAUUUGCAUACAAAAAAUUUUAUCCACAGAGACAUUAAGCCAGGCAACUUCCUCAUGGGUAUUGGGCGUCACCACCGAAAGUGUUUAGAAUCAUCCCCUGUGAGCAAGAAGAAAAGCACAACACAGGCUACUUCUCAAUACCAAUCUUUCUCGAGAUUAAACCAGUUGUUCCUUAUUGAUUUUGGUUUGGCCAAAAAGUACAGAGACAACAAGACAAGACAACACAUACCAUACAGAGAAGAUAAAAACCUCACAGGUACUGCCCAGUAUGCCAGCAUCAACGCACAUCUUGGUAUUGAGCAGAGUCGGCGAGAUGAUAUGGAAUCAUUAGGAUAUGUCUUAAUGUAUUUUAAUAGAACCAGCCUCCCAUGGCAGGGACUAAAAGCUACAACAAAGAAACAGAAAUACGAGAAGAUCAGUGAAAAGAAGAUGUCCACUCCAGUGGAAGUUUUAUGUAAGGGGUUCCCUGUAGAAUUUGCCAUGUACUUAAACUAUUGUCGUGGUCUGCGCUUUGAGGAAGCUCCGGAUUACACGUACCUGAGGCAGCUAUUUCGUAUCCUCUUCAGGACCCUGAAUCUGCAGUAUGACUACUCAUUUGAUUGGACAAUGAUGAAGCAGAAAGCAGCACAGCCAGCAGCCUCUUCGAGUGGACAGGGUCAAAAGGCCCAAACUCCUAAUGGUUUCUAA